CAGACGCGGCACAAACGUCAACGCGGACGCGAACCUGAACCUCGCGAAUGUGGCGUUGGCCGAACCAGCUGCUGUUCCACCUUCGAUGGGUGGCCCGCAGUACACCGAUGUGUACACGAGCAGUCCGGAGUCCCUCAUGAAGCCCGAGGAGGCCCAGCGCGACGCUCUUGGAGGCAACGCCACUCCCCCGAGUGUGGCCGCAGCGUAUCCCCGUCAACAUUCCCAUUCGCAACGCGUCCCAGACUGCGGCGGGUUGCGCUACAUGGAACCACCACAACAGAUGGCCAUGGGGCUCUUGAGCCCUGGUAUUUCCCUCGUCGACCCAAUCGUCCUCGCGGCACCACGACCAAUGCGCCCGGCGAAGGUCGAUAGAGCCAAUAUAUCCGCCAUCGUAGAUCGCGAAUGGGACAUUCGGGAAGGCCGUGUGUGCCUGCGGAGCCAGGAAACAAAUACGGUCAACAACGAUCGCCAGACGGCUACGCGGCCGCUUCUGCUGCCGCGACUAGGUGAUACGACACAAGUCAAAGCCAUUCACUCUCAGAUCGACCUGGAUGACAUGUUUUGUUUAGCGACGAACUCCCCAUACACGUCAGAUGCUUCGGAGACAUCCUCCGAGACGGCCUGCAGUCGUGGUCGCGACGCUCGCCAGGUGGACACACUCAGUGUCCCCUACGGGCCCUUGCGCGAUUGUGAUUGGAUCGACUGCCCGUUCUGCACGCCCGUAGCAGACCAGAAGGGAAGCGACACUUCCUCCCACUCGACGAUGAAUAUCGCCUCCAAAACCGCUGCCAGACGGCACAAGGCACACUCUAAACCGAGGCGCAGGAAAGGUCUUCACCAUGCGAAGACGUCCGCUCGCCCUCAACGAGAUUCCAGCUCGAGUGCUUUGAGUGGAAGAUGUCUAGACACCCACGCCCCUCGUCAGCCUGAAACACGGUGCGACACCGUAGAUGCACCGUCCCAGCGAUGGGGGCAGAGAAAAGACGUCCCCAGCUGCCCGCGGGCUUGCGACUGGAUCGAUUGUCCGAUCUGCGAGCAGGCCAUAUCCGCACCGACCAAGGUAGAAUGCAAGACCGAUGCACAACGCUUGCCUGAGGAUGCCGUACGUCGGAAGUUGGGACCGGAGCGCAAGCACGGGAGGAAGGAAGGAGGGGAAUUCUACAAGGUCGCGGUCAUGCUGGGCCUAGUGCGCGGGCCAUGACUGGCGGCGACGUAAAUGUUCAGUGCUGUUUUGUUGGGUUCAAUGUGUUUUAUGUUCCGCGUAGAGGGCGUUGAAGGAGAGUACUUAGCGCAUUCCGACC